UCCCCAGCAGCCUCUGAGAUCCCUCUGCAGUGUGAGCAACAUGGUGUUUUGCAGACAAGCUUUAAGAUAGUCAGGCUUUCAAAGGAGAAGAUGCUUUUUCUUUCCACAAGUACAGAUACAAUGAUGACACUGAACAUUCAGAUCAUCUUUGGCCUCCUUUGCUGCAUGAUUUCUCUUCCUGCAGAUGGUUUCCCAGCAGACACCAAUACUGAAUUUCGCUCUGCUUUCUCUGUGGCCAGGACCAGCAGCAUGGAAGGCAGCUCUGAGAUGGUGAUUACCUUUGACAAAGUGUAUGUGAAUAUUGGCAAUGAUUUUGACCCCAAGACUGGAUUGUUCCGCUGCCGGAUCCCGGGAGCCUACUACUUCUCCUUCACCGUUGGGAAAUACCCAAAGAAAAACUUGUCUGUCAUGCUGAUGAGAAACAAGAAUGAGGUGCAGGUAAUUGUGUAUGACGAACAUCACCGCAAGGAACGCAAGGUGGCCAGCCAGAGUGCCAUGCUGCAGCUUGACUAUGGCGACACAGUGUGGCUGCGUUUACAUGGAGAUCCCAAGUACGCUCUUUACAGUAAUGUGGGGCCCUAUACAACUUUCAAUGGCUACCUGAUCUAUCCAGACACUUCUGCCUUCUUCCAGAAUGCUCUUGACUCUCAAGAGCUCGGGCCACACCCUCACACAAUCCAUCAACUUCCCAGAGAGCAGAAUGAAGCUUCACAGCGACAUGUGUUGUCUGACCAGCCAAAGAGGGUACAAGACCCUCGCUCUGCGUUUUCAGUUGCCCGCUCACAAAGUCUCCUGGGGACAGAUGAGAAGCAAACCCAGCACGAGCCAAUCACAUUUGAUACAGAGUUCGUGAAUAUUGGAAAAGAUUUCAAUUCCUCCACUGGCGUCUUCACGUGCCGUAUACCUGGUGCAUACUAUUUCUCCUUCACCAUUGGCAAAAUGCCCUUUAAGACUAUGUCAGUGAAACUGAUGAAGAACCACAAUGAGGUGCAAGCCAUGAUCUAUGAUGACAACCACUCCAAGAGGCGGGAGAUGCAGAGCCAGAGCAUCAUGCUGCCUCUGCAAUACGGGGACACCGUUUGGCUCUACAGCCAUCAGCAUGAUGGCUAUGGUGCCUACAGCAACCACGGCAAGUACAUCACCUUCACGGGCUUCCUCAUCUAUUCGGAUGCUCAGCCCAAGUGGCUGCCAGGUGCCAGCUCACCUCAAGGGUCAAACAAUUAAAUGCAGAUUAAGUGAAGAAGCAUAAGAAGAGCCAAGGUGCCAUGAACUUGGGUAUAGCUUCUCUGAAUAUCAUCCUCUACUUUGAGCAUGCUGUCAUGUGUCCAGUGCUUUCCUCAUGCUGCACGCUUGUGCCCUGUCUGCAGGGCCACUGCUGUGUGUGCCAUUCAUCCGUAGAGAGGCCUUUCAGGUUGUAGCUGUGUGUCCCGUGUUGGUGUUUGAUUUAACAUAAAGCAUGAGGUAGUUUUGGGGUGGGGGGAGGCACUGUAGUGAGAUGCUGAGGAUCAGAGAACUACUGCAGUCAUGUUACUGCAGAUCUCCAGCAUCCAGAGAGCAAAGGGUGUGGUGACUUUCCUUGUUUAUCCAGGGAGGGAAUAAAUGUAAUGAAAAUGAAUGUAAUAAAAAUACAAAAGAUGAGAACGUUCUCA